AUGAUUGAAGAGUUAAGACGAAAACAAAGAAUAAUUUCAUCAGAACAAAUGUUUCGAUUAGUUAAUUGGGAUAGAGAAAAUGCAAAUCUCAUAAAAAGAAAACGCAUUCAUUUAGCUAAUUGUAUUUCUUCAAGAGCAGCACUACAAGAUUUAGAUGAUUCAUAUUCAGAAAAAAUGAACACAAGAAUAUCUCAAAUAAACAGAUUUUAUGAUGAGUGCUCCGAAAAAAUCAAUAUUUCUAAAGAAGAAUAUGAAAAAUCGCUUGCCGAAUUGAAAAAAAAAUUAAGUGACAUUAAAGAUCAGAACGCCGUACUUACGAAUGAUAUUAAAAAGUUAGAAGAGCAAGAAGAACGUUACUACAGAAUCAAAAGCCAAUACGAAGCUUCACUCAAAAUUGAUUCACUUAAAAAAGAAGAAUCCAAACUUCAAGCUGAACUGGCACAACUUAAUGCGCAGAUUUCUAAAUCACAAAAACCAGAAGUGGCUCCAAGUCAACGUUUAGCAAUUACAAAUAAUAAAAAAAGAGAACCACUAGAAUAA